AGAGCUGCUCCAGCCGGGCCGGGUACAACAAGUCUCCUCCGACGUCAGGGGGGUCAUUAAUAACCAAUUAGGAGGGUCACUGCGGCUCCUAUAAAGGCGCUGAGGUUUUUUGCCAAGGGGAAGACGGUCCCGGCCGGGUGUGCGAGAGGCCUGCGCGCGUCCGAGAGCCCCCAGCAGCCGCCGUUUCUCCGCAGCCGCCCGCCCCCCGCCCGCCCCGCAGCCCCCGCACCGCCUCUGCCUCCACCCGCGCCUUCAGCUCCUCGCGCCGCCUCUGCCGCCUCUGCAGACUCUCCCCUCCGCGCCCGCCUGCCUCUCCCCAGGCUCACUCGCCGCCCAGCCACCCCCUCGCCUCCCGCUCCCUCCCGCGCCCUCCGCCGCCGCGGCCUCCCCUGCUCCGCUUCCCUCUCCUCCUCCAUCACAGCCGUCUCCUCUCCCUCCGCGGCUCCCCUCCUCGCCUGCGCGCCUCCCCCGCGUCGGCCCGGCCGUCCGUCCGUCCGUCCGUGCGUCCUUCCCCGGCGCCGGCGAGCCCCGGGCCGCCCAUGAUGGGCUCCGUGCUCCCGGCGGAGGCCCUGGUGCUCAAGACGGGGCUGAAGGCGCCGGGGCUGGCGCUGGCGGAGGUCAUCACCUCCGACAUCCUGCACAGCUUCCUGUACGGCCGCUGGCGCAACGUGCUGGGCGAGCAGCUCUUCGAGGACAAGGGCCACCACGCCAGCCCCAAGACGGCCUUCACCGCCGAGGUCCUGGCGCAGUCCUUCUCCGGCGAGGUGCAGAAGCUGUCCAGUCUGGUGCUGCCGGCCGAAGUGAUCAUCGCGCAGAGCUCCAUCCCCGGCGAGGGCCUCGGCAUCUUCUCCAAGACGUGGAUCAAGGCGGGCACGGAGAUGGGCCCCUUCACCGGGCGCGUGCUGGCACCCGAGCACGUGGACAUCUGCAAAAACAACAACCUCAUGUGGGAGGUGUUCAAUGAGGACGGCACCGUGCGCUACUUCAUCGACGCGAGCCAGGAGGACCACCGGAGCUGGAUGACCUACAUCAAGUGCGCCCGGAAUGAGCAGGAACAGAACCUAGAGGUGGUCCAGAUUGGCACCAGCAUCUUCUACAAGGCCAUUGAGAUGAUCCCCCCGGACCAGGAGCUGCUGGUGUGGUAUGGGAACUCACACAACACCUUCCUGGGCAUCCCCGGGGUGCCCGGGCUGGAGGAGGAGCAGAAGAAGAACAAGCACGAGGACUUCCACCCUGCGGACUCCGCAGCCGGCACGGCGGGCCGCAUGCGCUGCGUCAUCUGCCACCGCGGCUUCAACUCCCGCAGCAACCUGCGCUCGCAUAUGCGUAUUCACACGCUGGACAAGCCCUUCGUGUGCCGCUUCUGCAACCGCCGCUUCAGCCAGUCGUCCACGCUGCGCAACCACGUGCGCCUGCACACGGGCGAGCGCCCCUACAAGUGCCAGGUGUGCCAGAGCGCCUACUCGCAGCUGGCCGGCCUGCGCGCGCACCAGAAGAGCGCGCGCCACCGGCCGCCCAGCGCCGCGCUGCAGGCGCACUCGCCCGCGCUGCCCGCGCCGCACGCGCACGCGCCCGCCCUCGCCGCCGCCGCCGCCGCUGCCGCCGCCGCCGCCGCCGCGCACCACCUGCCGGCCAUGGUGCUGUGA